AGUGCUUAUUUUGGGUUGAAUGAUUGCUAGAGUAGACAACACAUGAAAAACGGAGGAAACAAAGUAACAAUGUCUGAAGGAGUAGUCUACGCUGAUGUAAUGUUUACAAAGCCCCAAAGAACUGAACGAAAAGAUGAUGCUGCUGAAGCGUAUUGUCAGGUGGAGUUAAAGGACAAACCACGUAGAUGCAAUCCUGUCACAGUGGUCCUGUUGACUCUCUGUGUUCUUCUGAUGGGUGCUGUCAUUGGACUUGGAGUUCUCUGGAAUAACAAGUGUCCUAAACACAGAGUCUGUGCUAGUGGAUGGGAGUUCCAUGGGUCAAAAUGUUAUUUCUUCUCCACCAACAAGAUGAACUGGACUCAGAGUCGUGAUAAUUGUGUUUCCAUGGGAGGGCACCUGGUCAUCAUAAACAGCCUAGAAGAGCAGACCUUUUUAGGUGACAAAGUUGGUUCAGAAAUGCAUGAAGAUGAAGGCAAAUUUUGGAUUGGGCUCACAGAUGGACACCAUGAGGGAUGCUGGUUAUGGGUGGACAACACAACUUUAGAUUUAAAAAAAAGCCAAAAUGUGACAGAACGACUCCAUCCAAAAGGGACCCUGCAUAGCUACUGUGACGAUUGGAGGACCAAGAGUAGCAUCUCAAUUACCUGGCCCACUCGUCCUCAGGGCCAUAGCCUCCGCCCGGAGGCCUCCCCAAACAAGUUUUGGGGGGAAGCUAUGGAGGUAACCGGCACGGAGGGCCGAGGGAGAGGCACCAAAUACGGUGGAGACCGCCCAGAGCCCCUGCCUAGCAGGCCCCACCCGAUGACACUCGGGCUGCCCUGGGGGCAGGAACUCAGGAUGCCCCGUCCAGGUCCGGAGCCGCCACCUUUUACAGUCUAAAUGAAAUUGUAAUGGUAUAAGUCUUCAUUGGAAAUUUCUGAACAUUAAUGAAUAACUUAAAAUAAAUAAAACUUAAAUGUACAUUAACCUCUUCAAAUAAAUAAAUGACCAAUCAUCUACAGGAUUAUAAUACUAAUAAAAGAAUGGACCCCAAACCAGGAUGUUUACUUUUUGCCAAAAAAAAAUAGGACGGGUUUAACCAUUUAAUGUCUUUAACAAUUUAACCUAAUGUUCUAAUAUGUUUUUAAUGCCCCUGUCAGUCAUGAGCCUUUAGAAUUGUCAUAACCUCUCCCCCAUACAGCACCUCUGCUUGCACCAGGUCGCCACCAAAAUUCCUACCUGGAUAAGCAUUGUUUCUAUCCCUCCAAAUCUGCACAGUGCUGGCCAAUGAUAGACAGGUUAUUCAUUAAUUAAAAACAUGAUCUUGGAACAGAGCCAGCCUAGGCACCCCAUAAAGUUAGCCUAUAAUCCUAUCAUAGGUGCAGGUUUUCUUUCCUAACAGGUUAAUCUAAAAGCAACUGAUUUAAAGCAUCACUAUUGGUUAAUUGAUUGAUUAGCAUGAUUUUCCAUGAUUGAAGCGGGCCUAUUAGCCAAUGAAUACAAGACAGCUGUUCAUCUCCAUAGAUAUAAAAUAGUAAAUAAUGAAUUAUACAUUGUGUGUGAACCACAGUAUGUGCAGUCUUGUUCAAAUUACACUGUUCAGCAAACUCACACAAUCCAGUAGAACUGCAGGGGUCUAUGCAUGAUUUCCAGUUUUCUCUGGAGGUCCACUGGUGUCAGGGAGGGGCUGGGGUCUCAUAUAAUGUUCUACAGUGAGGAAAAAAAUAUUUUAUCCCCUGCUGAUUUUGUACAUUUGCCCACUGACGAAGAAAUUAU